AUGUUUUUAUUCCCCCUCCUCUUCUGUCGCUUGGCUGGCGUCACUGCGGGAGGAGGCAGGGCUCUUCCCCGGGCGCCUGGUUCCAGCAUGUGGAGGCCCCGAGCGGCUGGGGUCCCUUUGGCUGCAUUGAGGAGGGUCGCAGGCUGCAGAGCCAUUGGAGGCUCCGGGAGAAGGACCGCCGCCUCUUCCUCCUCCUUGCCUUUCCAACCCAAGCAGCCGGAUCCUUGUGUACGAUCUUUGGACUCUUUCCUGAUGGCGAAAGCCAAGCAUAUUCAGCUCAUAGGUGUAAGAUGUGCAGGAACUCUUAUUGACAAGAGCUCAUUAGAUGAAACAACAUAUGAAAAGCUUGCUGAGGAAACUCUAGAGUCAUUGAUGGAUUUCUUUGAUGAUCUGGCAGACAAGCCAUUUACUUCUGAAGAGUAUGAUGUGUCCUUUGGGAGUGGAGUAUUAACAGUCAAACUGGGUGGAAACAUGGGAACCUAUGUGAUCAAUAAACAGACACCAAACAAGCAAAUAUGGCUGUCCUCUCCAACCAGCUAUAACCUGCCAGGGCUUGUAGGUUGUCUUGGCCUCUGGAGCAAAGUCUCGUCUUCCUUUCCACAAACUAUGGCAGAGUGGCCCAAAGCGUUACGACUGGACUGGGAAAAAAUGGGUGUAUUCUCACGAUGGCAUGUCACUUCAUGAACUACUGGCAAAGGAACUUUCAUUUGCAUUCAAAACCAAAUUGGACUUAUCAACUUUAGCAUGUGCUGGACAAGAACAUACUUGAUAAUAUCUCAGAAAUGUAAAGACUUUGAAAUUUGUUCCAUUGUCUGUUUCUCCAUGUUUUGGAUGUUGAUUGAACUUGAAUUUUUUUUUGAAACACUUGUUAAAGGUCAGUUUUAUUAAUGGGACGAUAUUGAAGUGUUUUUCCUCACAAGUUCCAUUUUUUUCUUUGGUUUGUGAUGUACAUUUUUCCUCCUAACCUCUUGAGCUGGGAACUAGUAUUAAUAGUUAGCCUACUGUCUUUUUGAAGAACUAAUCUCUAGUUGUAUCAACUAUUCUCCUUUAAUUGGAGAUUUAACUGAAAAACCAAGCUUGAUUUAUGUAAACUGUGGAGAUUAUGAUGAUGAAAAACAAUUUCUACAAUAUGAAAGUCUGCUUAUAGAAGCUGUGUUUGUAUUGGGAUUGUCGACAAAUGCAAUGAGUACCAUUUCUGCUGAACAGUUAAAACCUUGUGGUUAGGAUACUA